CAAAAAUUCAAUGAGAAAAAGGACUUUUACCAGCAAAAGUGGGAAACUGAAUGGAAGCCUCGCCUCAUGGAGAAGAAAGAAGAAAUCUUGACCAGAUGGCAGGAGGAGAUCAAGCCAAAGAUCAACGAGAUGAUCACCAAUCUGACAAGAUUUGUUAAGGACCCCGAGUUGCUGACCAAUCUGAAACAGAUGGCUAUUCAUUUCAAGACUGAGACCUUGCCUGAGUUGAAGAGAGUCCUCCUUGAAGAGAAGUUCCCAGAGCUGAAGAGAAUAAUAAUGGAAGAAAAAUAUCCCGAGAUCAAGAGGCAAGUCCUGGCCCAGUACGAGAUUGCAAAGGUCAUCAUGGAGGAACUCAAACAAAAUGCCACUCACUUCCGAGAGAAUGUAAUGGCCAAGGUGGAGACUCUGAAGAUAAAGGCCACCGAGAAGUGGACUGAACUGCUGGAGAAGAUCAAGGGGAUCAAACAGAACUGGCCAGAAACCUACCAGAAGAUCAAGGAUGACAUUGAGGACCUUAAGCUACAACUCAAGACCAAAUUAUCUAAAUAUAUUAACAAAGUCUUGGCAGUGCUAAAAGAGCUCCGUAUUCCUGUUGAAAUUCUUCCUCUGGAACAGAUGAAGGUCUACUCUCCAUGGAAAUAUACUGCCAUGGUCUUCCGAACAAACCACAUGAUGACAUUUGAUGGCAAAGUCUACAGUGUUCCAGAGUUUGGGAGCGAACAACAGACCUACGUCCUCGCCCAUGACUUUGUAGAUAGUAACUUCACACUCUUGGUCCAGAAGAAGCGCAUUACCCUUGUAGUCCGCAACAUGAGCAUUGCAAUUGAUGAUGAGAAUGUUGUCCAUAUCAAUGGAUUGCCAACCCUGCAGGAACUACCCUACCAGACACCAAUCAGCAAGGAAUUGACCAUUAUGGCUAAGGGUCCAUGGGUGAAUGUGACAUCAACCAAGGGCAUUGCUCUUUCCUGCCAUCUUGAAAUGUUCCCAUGCAUCUUCCAUCUAAGUGGCUGGUACCAUGGAAAGUCUCGUGGACUCCUAGGCAACCUUGACACAGAACAUCACAACGAAUUUAUCCUACCAGAAGGCGGUAUUACAACUGACUUGGCAGAGUUCAUUUCAGCAUAUGAUGUCUCUCCACAUACAUCAAGAAAUGUCAUUCCGUCUAGAUUAGGAUCUUGCCGAUCAACUAGUGAGAAAUGCAGAGAGAUGUUCCUUGAUGAAGACUCAACAUUGAAUGCCACCUUCCAGGAUAUCAACCAGGAAGAGUUCUACAACUUCUGUGUUGAGGAGACUAGGAAGUGCAACCCAACAUGUGAAGUCACCAAUCCUGUUGUUCGUCUUGGCAAGGAUCUCCAGCGCAACGUUGACUAUGAUCCUGAAUGCUUUGACUGCACUGUUGGGGAAGUCAACCAGGAGAAUGUCAGGUCUACAAGCUCUGCAGAUAUCAUCUUCGUCGUGUCUGAAACUGCUGCAAUGGCUGAAGACAAUGUGAUCAAGUCAAGUAUCAAGACCAGCAUCCGAAAUAUGAAGAGCGUGCUAAAUACCCAUGAAGUGCAGGAUGUUAAAUAUGGCAUUGCUGCAUAUGGUGGCUCAGACAUCCUUGGGCGACCUCAUGUUCAUACACUAUGUGGACAUCUGAUGGAAAGCAGCGUGGACUGUGCUUCCAGCGGUAUUGACAGCUUAGUCUUCAAAGGAGCUAGGCCCGUUGAUGCUAUGGGGGCUAUCCAGCUUGCUGCCAGCUAUCCAUUCCGCAAGGAGGCUGCCAAGAUCAUCAUCCUGAUUGCCGAUGAAGAUUUGAUGGAGGAGAGUACCAACAGAUUUGAAUACUACUUCCAAAUCAACAACAGCAGAGUAGCUAUUCAGAAAAGCCUGGCCCGUCAAGGAAUCACCUUCAAUGUCUUCUCAUCCUACCCUACUCUGAACAAGAAGAGUACAGAUUCUCCAAUCCUGGGUGUCAACUACCUCGGUAAGCAGAUCAUCAACAAGAAGAACAGCGGUGAAGAGGGUAUCAAUCGUCUAGCCAUUCCUUCAGGACAGUAUGCUAAACUUGCAAAGGCCACUCGUGGUUCUGUAAUGGGUCUUCACUGGCUGCAGACUGAACAUCGCGACUUAAGCACCUUGCUACCCAGGAUGGUCUAUCAACAGAUCCAACCCCAGGCUACUGGUCAGGUUGACUUCAUCUGUCGCUGCGUCAUCGGCAUGUAUGGAGAGGCCCGUAACGAGUGCCAGAUCAGUCGAUUCAUUGACAUUCAAAUGUAAACCCGACAUUCCCAUGGAACAUUCUUAGCAUUAGUAAAGAAAAAAAAGGGAUUGAUUAAUAGAUAGUUAAAAGGGUUUAAUGUACAUUUUUGGUAAUUCAUACAGUUCUAAAUGAAACAUGAAUGGAACUUGAUGUGAAUUCUAGUGGUCCAUAUUCAAUAUCUUUAAAUUUCAGGAAUUAUUCAGACUAUACAAGUCUGUGGUCUCAUAUUUCAAGAGAAGCUUGAACACUGGAGUUGUCUGAUAAUUGCAGUUCUCUUGCAAGUACUACUUGGCAUCUACUCUGUUUUUAUAGUCUUACAUUGUCCAAUAUUUAGUUCUAAAUGAUUGUAUAAUUUACUAGCUUUUCUUAUCUCAACCUCGCUGAGGAUGAGCCUUUGAGCAAAGGCCUUUGCUAGUUCUCUAACAUUAUACUCAACUGUCAUGUUUUACUGCAUGUUUUAUUUCUAAUGUAAUAUUUCAAAAAAAAAUUCUUCUUCUUCUUCUGCCUUGUCUUACUCAUUUUACUGUUUUGAUGAGUUUUGUAGAAAUAAAUGAAAUUAAUUGAAUUUAAUAAUAUGAUUCCUGGAU